AAUAGGUAGGUAAUAGGUAUUUUAGGGUUCAACUCUCCGUCUCAAGUGAUCACACUAUCGGCCUUCGAUCUACUCAUAAAUUUGUGAUGUAUCUGUAUCACAACAAAAUGGCUAUAUUUUAAACCAAAUAUAUUUUUCACGUUAUAACAAUGUGGAAAUAUGUAACGCGGCGACUGAGGGACUCAUUAGAGAGGAGUGCUAAUCAUUUUGAUAAACGCAGUUGUGGUGGUGUAAUCAAUACAUCAAAUGGAUUAUCUGACGACGUAAACAAGAGGUCUAAUACUCCUUGUUGUUGGUUCACAUCACGUAAACCAUGGAACUCAUUUAAAUAUGAUAAUGAUACCAACAGUAAACGAUGGAAUUUUGAUAAUUUGAAUUAUACUUGGAUCAGUGCCAUAACAUGGAGCAGUGCUGUAGUGUUUGGAUGGUAUUCAGGGCAACUUAUCCAUUGGAAACUGAAAGACCAUUUCAAACAGAAUAAACACACACCCAUUAACACGUUGCUAGAAUCCUUUCAACCCAUAAAAAACAGUAAUAUCAAGAGUUUAGAAGGAGGCUAUGAGGUACAUACUCCAAGAGCCUCCACUGUACAUUUGAUUUCAAAUGACCAUAGUGGAGAAAAACAAGAGAAUGCAAGUGUCAGUAAGAACAGCUCUGAAAGUUCAAAUGGCGACUUGGGAGAGGUGCUUAAUUCAAUAGAAAAUAAAUUGGGUUUAGCAGCAAUUGAAAGUGGUCAUCACCAGGAUGGCUUGAACUUGUUAAGGUCAGCAGCAAACAGAAAUCACCCUCCAGCCCUUUACAAUUUAGGGCUUUGCUAUGAAUUGGGUCUAGGAGUAGAAGUAGAUGAAAAAGCAGCAAUGGAGCUAUAUCGGUCAGCUGCAGCCUUGCAACACCCAGGUGCACUCUAUAACCUUGGCGUUUACUAUGCACAAGCUCGAGGUGGUCUCAAUAGAGAUACGACAACUGCAACUCGUCUCCUGCGGCUAGCUGCUGUUCAGGGUCAAGAAGAUGCUAUUAUAGCUUUGAAAAAACUUGAUGUAGAUAUUAAUGAACCAGCGCCGCAAAGAGAAGACGAUUUGUGGUCAAAACCGUACUCUCCAUUUUCACACAAUGAAAACAUACCAACUUAUUCUUCAUUGUUUAUCGAAAAUCUUAAUAACACUUCGCUCGGUUUUAACUACGAAGCUAUAGUUCAUUAAAUUUUAUUAAUAAAUAAUAUGGUGGUAGUGCUUUUGAUUUUAAUUAUGUUUGACAUACCUAGUUUUACCUGCAUUUACUUAUAAGCAAGUAUAAUUGGUUUUAAUUAAAAUAAUAAAUAUAACAUACUAAAACAAAUGUUUUCGAAAAAUUAAUAUAAAUAAAGUGUGUUCGUGUCAUGCAAUGCACACUGCGACCAAGGUGCUACAUGACGUGACGGUAAAUAAGGCCAAAAUGCUUCACAUGCAAGUCUUCUUAUUAUUAAAAUAACAUGUUGUUCCUAGAACAUAAUAUGUAAUAAGGUUAUACAUUUAAAGAGACAAUCGAAAUCAAAUUUCGUUGUAAAUUGUGGGACUUCUUAAUUACUUAGAUAAUAAGAUCAUAAUUUUAAAAGUAAUGUGCUUACUAAAAUGAAUAGUUAUGGUUUAUACUUUAUAAUACAUGUCUACCUUUGUUUCAGUUGUUUUAUCUAACAUUAAAUUGCUUCAUCAUGACAUUUUUCCCAUCCAAUGUUGAUAUUGCUUCCAAGAAUAAUGUACCAUGAGAUCUGAUUAUUGAAAACAUGACUUGUACUGGCCAUAAAGUUCACAUUAAAUAAUGAUAAAACAGUGGUGAUCAUACUUUCUACAUCCGCCUUAAAGUUAUUAUAUGACAAAAAUGGUAGAGAUACAUUUAAGAAACGAUGUUAUUAACAAUAAACGAUACAUUCUGUGAAAA